GUGAAGAAAAACGGAUGAUCCGAAGGACGCCCCAACUGGCGCUCUCUCUCUCUCUCUCUCGCGAUAUAUAAAGUCUUUUUCCAUCAGCUGACUCAGUAAAAGCAAUAGAAUAGAAGGAAAAGUUGGAGGUGCUAUCGGUUUCGCCCCUCCCUUCUCUUCACUUCUCCUCUUUGUUUUUGCUUUGAUUAUCGUCGCACUUUGGUAAUCUAAUCUCAUCAAUGGAAAGGAUUUUAGACUGAUCACAACCAGAGAAGUAAAUCGGGGGGGUGGGGGGGGGGGAGAGAGAGAGGGAGAAGGAGAAUUUUGGGUUUCAGCGAGUGUCGGGGAGGUUCGAUCAUGGCGGUGGUUGAGAAUGCCGGGAUCAACGUCGGGGGAGCAAAUCGGACUGACUCGCACGCCGAUGUUGAUCAAUCCAAGACGAAUCACGCAAGGUCAAACGACCAGAGUUUCCAGACGAUGGUUCACCAGCAACAGCAGAAAGUGAGCUCAAACGGUGCUAUGAAUCACAAGCCUCAAAUGACUUUAGCUCCGCACGGUGGAACCAACGGGAACGGUGGAGUACAGGCUCACCAGUUGGUGCCAAACAGCGUCGAAUUGGGCAGCAACGGAGACGAUGGCAGCGAGGGUUUCAAGCAGAAGAUGAGGGAUUUGGAGGAAAUGCUGUCCAAGUUGAACCCUAUGGCUGAAGAGUUUGUGCCUCCAUCACUUUCCAAUCACAAAACUUUACUACCCUCUGGUGGUCAUCUGAGUUAUACUAACAAUUUUGGGAUGCAAAUUAACCCUGGCAUUGCCAAUGGAAAUACUGCCAGACGGAAGAAGAAUAACUAUACUAAUGGGAAGAGAAGGAUGAAUAGCCGUACCAGCAUGGCUCAGAGAGAUGAGGUGAUUAGGAGGACCGUGUAUGUGUCUGACAUCGAUCAUCAGGUUACUGAAGAACAACUUGCAGGUCUCUUUAUUAGUUGUGGACAGGUGGUUGACUGCCGUGUUUGUGGUGACCCAAAUUCUGUUCUUCGUUUUGCCUUUAUUGAGUUCACUGAUGAGGAAGGUGCAAGGAAUGCUUUGAGUCUGGCAGGGACUAUGCUUGGAUAUUAUCCAGUCAGGGUGCUGCCUUCAAAAACUGCAAUUGCACCUGUUAAUCCAACAUUUUUACCACGGUCUGAAGAUGAACGAGAGAUGUGUGCAAGGACUAUUUAUUGUACAAACAUUGAUAAGAAGGUUACCCAAGCUGAUGUCAAGCUCUUUUUUGAAUCCUUUUGUGGAGAGGUUCAGCGCUUAAGGUUGCUGGGAGACUAUCAUCAUUCUACUCGAAUUGCUUUUGUAGAGUUUGUAAUGGCUGAGAGUGCAAUUUCUGCUUUGAACUGUAGUGGUGCAGUUUUGGGAUCGCUCCCUAUAAGGGUAAGCCCGUCAAAGACGCCGGUUCGGCCACGUGCUCCUCGCACAUUGAUGCACUGAGUGCCCUUUAUCUUAUUUCUCUUCCGAACUGAUCUGGGGAUUAAAAUGUAUCUACAAUAUGCAUAGAUAUAUAUAGAAGCUGAAGCUGCUUGUGCGCCUUAGAACUAGACUUUGGUGCAUGGUGUGUUUGCCAAAGUUUCUGUCACCUAUAGAUAGAGUUAUUAUGGCUUGGUUGUUCUUUUGGCUGGCGUAUAGAGUUUGAUGUUAUUUCGAGGCUCAAGUCGUCCUGAUCUCUAUGUCGAAUAUUAUAGUAUUAUUAUUAUUAUUAUUAUUAUUAGUAUGGGAUUCUGUA